CACUGACACUGAAAGCCCUGACUGUGCGCGAGCUGCGUGAGCGUCAUCUCCGCGCUCAGGCUGUAACUUUGCUGACUCUUAGUGGUCAAGAACAGCACUGUUGAUAUGAAACAGUCCAUUUGUUCAAAAACUCUGCACAAACGUUGGACGACACAGCAGAUCAAGGUGAGUUUUUUUUUUCUCCCAGCUGCGCUAAAAUCACAACGUUUCCAUUGUUGGAGGGUUUAACCAAGGCUGAUUUUGCCUCUGUUCACCAGCAGAGGGCGCUGUGGCGCUGUGACAUAUCCAGCAUGUAACAUUAACACGGACGCUCCACGAAUUACGGCCAUCCACCCGUCGGUUUCACAUACUUUACUAUAGUUCUGCUUUUUCAACUUCUGUUCCUGCUUGGUCUAAAGUUAGAGAAUGUGCCCUAAACUAGAAAAGCCUUGAAUGAAGUUAGAAUUAUAAGAUAAGAUAAGAUAAUAAGACAAACUUUAUUCAUCCUACGAUGGGGAAAUUGUUUUGUCUGCAGCAGCAAGGACACAUUAAACAGGACAAAAGUGUGUGUUAUUAAAUACACAACUAUUGUGAGGAGCCUUGGAGUCAUCUUUGACCAGGGUCUCUCUUUUACUUAUAUGUUAAAGAAAUCUGGAACCGCCUCCAUCUGGGCUAAAAUUAGCAGCAUCUGUACUCAGAGCGAUGCCAACACUGAUUUAUGCAUACAGCUCAUUCAAUAUGCUGCAGCUGGAGUAAUGUCGGCACUUAGAAAGAGAGAUCACCUUUCUCCUACAUUAGCUUCUCUGAACUGGCUGCCCGUAAAAUAAUUCAAAAUUCUCCUAUUCAUAAAGUACUUAAUGAAAAAGCUCCUUCCUAUAUUAAUAUAUCUUACUAUUCUUAUUACGCUUCGUUCGCAGAGCGCUGGUCCCCUCUCCACGUCCUCUUUGAAAAGGCUUAUAGUUGUAGAUGGUUCUAAACACUGGCAGUGAUUGGUUCUGUAGUCACAGUCAGACUGCCAUAGACCUUAAUUCAUACAUUUCAUCCAAUCACCUCCCAUCAUUGUUGUAUGUUUAACUAACUUUGCUCUUGAGACUGACGACCAACAGUCUAAACAGGCUGAAGUGGGGAAUUCAAACAGCAGUGAAGCUGCUGAUGUGCCAACUGUAGAACGACAGAACGAAAAUGAGUGAGGACUUGAAUGUAUCAGUGUGGAGAAGGUGUAAAAGAGCGUCACACAGAGGAAACGUGAACUUCUUGAGUGCGACAGCAGUGAGGGUGGGAACGCUCCAUCCUCAGACAGUGAAUCGUCUGAUCUCAGUCAGUGUCGAUUGCACAAAGAAUAUGAGGGCUGUCAAAAUCAGAGAUUACUUCUCAGAUAAAGAAUGUCUUAUGAAUUCAGUUUAUGACCCGAUAUGAAGCAGAGGAACAGGGGGCUAUUCCAACCCACAGAUUUAACUACUGCUCAAAGUGAGUCGAGAACUGAAUGAUGGUGUUUUCUAAUUGUGCAUUUUUUUAUUUCUUUGAACUUUUGGAUGGAUAUAAUAUCUGAGAGUUAAAGUUUAGUUGAAAAAUCAAAUCUCUCAUUGUCUCUCUCUCCCUCUCUCUUGAUCUGAAUCGAACUGAAUGCCGCCCACCCUGUGACCACUCUGUCACUUUCAUCCGUGUGAAGCUGGAAUUUUGAGAGUGACUGUAUGUUGUAGUUGUCAGUUCGUAUCUGUCGUGACUAAUCACCAUGAUGUGACACGUUCAUCUUCAUUCUGCGAUUCUGACUUUUUGUCUUUGUCUGAAUAGAAAGUAGUAAAUGUUGAAAAAGCAGAAGGAGAAGCUGGAUCAUGAGAUUUUAAUAUUAAUGAGUCGCCUAUAUUUGAACGCAGAUGACUGAUGUUUUUAAGUGAUUUCCUCUGGUUAUUUAUUUAAUUUGAGAAAUGAGGGAAAGCAGCUUCAUAUGUUUCAAGUGAAACCUACAGUUUUCUGAAUCACCUUUCAUUUCACUUUUCACUGCUUUCAAUAAUCCAGUUAUUUCCCGUCAGAUUUCUUUUUUAUUUGGUUAUGAUUUCCUUGUUCUGCCUCAGACACUGGAUCUUUAGUCAUUCAGAACAUUCCAGUGUUAUGUCUGCUUGUUGUUUUUGCUGUGACACACAUGUUCCUGUGAGUCUGUGUUUGAAAAUCAAUAAUAAACAUUGAAUCUGCAGGACGGAUCGGCUGUAAAGACAGGUGGAACCUUUGUGCUUGUGGUGUAACAAGUUGGGAUGUUUUUUUCCAAAGCAUUUGUGUAACAAGGAAGUAAAAUGUUCUUUGACUUGUGAUCUGUUCAAAAGAUCAAUUUAGUCAAAGCCUCCACUUACAUUAAGGCUGAAAUUAUUACUUUAGGUGUAGGAAAAAAUGAAUUAUUCACUUUGAUGAUCUUAUUUCGUCCUGUGUUGUUACUUUAUCACUGUUUUAAUCCAGUUUCUCGUUCAUGGAAAACGUGUAAAAUGCUGGAAGUUUUCACUUUUUUUAAGUUCACAUAUUUUUAAGAGGUUUUUAUAAAUUCAACUGAAAAAAACUUUCUCUCUCUGUCUAUAGCCACUAUACAGUUCAUCAUUAUAGGAAACAUUACCACCCAUUAAAAUGUCAAACUAUUCAUUUGUUACAUUUUUUAGAUUUUAAUUAGUUUACAUUUUACUGAGAAAUUCUCAGUGAUUUGAAAAACAACCUACUUGUUAGUUGAGUUUAUUUUAUGAUGUAAUGUUGCAUGUUUCUUGACGUUCACAAUGAAAAUCGCCCCAACUUUAACCCGCUGAACACAUGAAACUGUAAUUACCUGUCAUUAGGACAUUUCUCUGAACACGCCGUGAGUAUUUUUCCUGAUAAUACGUUUGUACUUUUACUUAAAGAUUCUAAAUGCAGGACUUUCACAUUGGUUAUUUUUACCUCGUGGUGUCAUUAUUUAUAUAUGUACGUAUAAAACCCGAUCUGAGAUCAGCUCUGACAUCCUGGCUUGUGAAUGUGUGGCUUCCCCUGGUUGAGGGCGUGGACCACAGCUGGGGGCGGCGAUGAGGAACAACGUGCUCUGUGUGUACAAGCAGCGGCCGCCACACGGCGAGUCAGACGCGGCGUUCCGGCGAGCGGAGCAUCACACAGCAGCGGCUCCCGUUUUCAGCAGAUCGGCGUCCCAGAGGAAGACCUGUCGAAGACCUCACAGCUAAACCGGUUCUGACAUGCACUUUGAUAAAUCACCAAAAGAGAAGCCGUGUUGCACUCUGCCCACCGUGAAGAAGCUCUUGGAGGAGAAGCGAAAGCGCGAGACGUCCUCUCUGCCGCCGUCCUGCUCUGCAGCCAGCACAAGCCCCGCCCCCUCGAACGCCGUAACGCAGUUGGCCUCGACGGAACAGUACACCUGCACAGGAGCAUCGAGCAGCUACUCAGACAUGGCGCUGAGCUACGAGUCCUGGCCUGCGGACGCGGGGUACAACUUCUUCAGCCAACCAGGACCCACCUACUCUACAGGCUACAGCCCCCUGAUGGUGCCCGAGUACAACGCGCUGCAGCAGCUGCCGGGGUUCGGAGACGCCAUGUCUCAGGGUUAUCAGGACUGCCAGAUGACGGUGGGCGACCCCGGCAUGCCGUCGCCCUGGUCCCUUCUGCAGAGCCCGCAGCUCAGCUUCCAGCCACAGAUGGACUCCAAGAAGCUGGCGGAGGCGCGGAUGCUGAUCGCGGCCAUGGAGCAGAGCAGCCUCACGGUGCAGGACGAGGACGGGGACACCCUCCUGCACAUCUACACGGCCAAGGGCUUCAGGGAGCACGCCUACGCCGCCGCGGAGAAGCUGAGCCAAUUCAGGACGCUGGACGUCAAAGAGCACAAGGGCAAGACGCCGCUGCUGGUGGCCGUGGCGGCGAGGCAGGCGGAGAUCGCGGAGGACCUGCUGUCGCUGGGCGCCGACGUCAACGCCUGCGACGACAAGGGGCAGACGGCGCUGCACCUGGCGUCGCACUACGGCUUCCCCGACGUGCUGCAGGUGAUCCUGUCCUACCGACCCGCCUUCAACCUGGAGGCCCGCAACUUCGAAGGCAUGACUCCGCUGCACUGCGCGGCCAUUUCCCACAGCGUCACCGUCAAGGCCUCGGCCGCCGCCGGCCUCGCGGACGAGGGCCUGCAGAAGAUGGCUGAGAACAAGCUGGUGUGCGUGGACAGGCUGGUGAAGGAGGGGGCCUCCCUGCAGAGCCAGGAAAUCAAAAGUAACAAGACCGUGCUGCACUUGGCCGUGAAGGAGGGGAACCUGGACCUGGUCCGCUACCUGCUCAGCAUUUCCCUGCCCAACAUGAAGGACUUUGUCAACAUGAAGGCUCACGGCCACACGGCCCUGCACAUGGCCGCCGGUCUCCACGGCAACCCCCACCAGGAGGAGAUCCUGCGGCUGCUGCUGAGCAAAGGGGCCGACGCCAGCGUCCGCAACCUGGAGAACGACCAGCCGGCGCACCUGCUGCAGAGCGGCCCCCAGGGGGAGCAGCUGAAGCUCAUGCUGAAGAAAAGGAACGUCUCCUCCCGCCGACGUAUCAUGUCCUUGCAGGACCAGGAAUGAUUAAGAAACCAGUAAUCCCAGUUUGGAGGGAAAGAUGUGAAGCCGUUUCCUCUGUUCAAAAGGGGACAGUGUGUUAUUGUUAAAGGUUUUGGGAGUCUCUGGCCAAUAGACUGCACAUUAGUCUGAUAUUUAAAUCCUAAAACAUAUUUACACAACUAACUUAUGUUGUGCGGCAUACAGCUUAAAUCAGACGUUUGCAAGAAAUACAAAUGCUUUAUUUAUUUCUCUGUCAUUUGAGGCUCUUGACCAAACGCUUCAGCUGUUGCCAACAAAUUGCAAUGUUUUUAAUUGAAGAUUUUUAAUUUAUGUAUUUAUAUUCACAGCUCACAUUAAGAAAAGUCAAUGGAAAGCAUCAGUUAUCUUCAAUCAGUGGAAUGUACAGGCGAUGCUGUGGAUGAUGCGUAUUCGUGUUCCUUACAGGCUAAACUCCUAGUUUCAUGUUGAUUUCUGUGAAAUCGUUACAAGCUCUGGGACAAUGUCCCUGAAACCCCUCAGACUCCGGUCGAAGCCCCCAUCACAGUAUUUAUCAUAUUGAUACAGUGAGUGAUGGUUCGGAUCUCAGUCAGCAUGUGUUGAGAAUACGUGUGCCUACAAAAUGAUUAUUUUACAAUCAUUCAUAUUCAUUCUGUCACAGGCGCUACAUCAAACUUGUGACAUCAGGAGCAAUUCUCUUUUUGGGAAAAUUUGACUUUACUGUGUAAAACUAGUGACAAACUGAUUGUGACCAAGGAUUCUCUUUCUUAUCACACACAUUACACGCGUAGGUGCGAUGGCAGUCUGUGUGACUAAGAGCAGGAUUCAGUCAGGACGAGUGCAAUAGCUGCUCGGCUGUUGGUUCUGAUGGGCAGGGUGCCGCCCCGUUCACGCGUGGCUACUGAAAUUAGCUGGAGACCGGCGUGAUGCCGUUUACACACACCGUUUACUCCUCGAGGCUCGUUCACCAGCCUUUACGGCGGCUGCCGCCCUUCAGCCGGAAGUGAAGCGGGCGUUCAUGUCAUUUGAGUCAUUAAUGACGGCUUAGCUGUGUCUCACCCCUUUAUCUUCCUACACAUGUUCUAUGUGACGAAUCAACCUGAACAGCAUUAGAAUCUCUACCGUAAUUUGUGAAAUUGCUAAAACAAAUCCUAAUUCUGACGAUUUUUGCUUUGUUAAGCAGAUAUUUUUAAGUGCUUUGAUAGUUUGGUCUAAUUGUUUUAGGCCUGAUGAAAGAAAUCCAAAUAAUGACAUCUGUCUUUAUGUCAAACGUAGGACACAGGUCUAUUAGGUAUACAGGUAUAUUUUAUCAGUUCAUGUUGAAUUGAAAAUACAUAUUUUAACCCUUUUCCUGUCAUAAACUUUACAGUAGCACUGUGAUUCUCGUUGAUUGAAUGUAUUUGCUCUGUUCUGUGCUUUUUUAAAAAAAUAUUUUUUCUUUGUGCCUUAAAAACAAUGUUUCCAACUGAUUUAAGCUUAUUUCCAUGUAUACAGGAUGUUUCUGCAUGGAUUUAAAAUGAAAACAUAUAUAAUUAUAAUCUGACGCGCUUCAGUGAAAUGAAAACUGGUUUAAAUAAACAAACCAAGUAUUGUUUUCGA